CACGAAAUCUUGUCGGCUGCUUGGGACGGUGGCGCAGGUCAUCUAGAUGCAAGCUUGUUUUUCAGGCACUGAGAAUCACCCAAGGUUGGAUUUGGUGUUACUGAGGUGAUGGCCUUGAAGGGUGUGAGGGUGGUGGAGCUAGCAGGGCUGGCCCCAGCCCCUUUCUGUGGCAUGAUCCUGGCAGACUUCGGAGCUAACGUUAUCAGAGUGGACAGGCUCAAGUCAAAGUCAAUGAUGCCAGAUACACUUGGGAGAGGAAAAAAAUCUAUUUCUGUUAACCUUAAAGAGGCACGUGGUGUGGAACUCCUGAGGAAAAUGUCCGUCGCAGCUGAUGUACUUAUUGAACCCUUUCGAGCAGGUAUAAUGGAGAAGAUGGGUCUGGGUCCAGAGAUUCUGUGCUCAGCUAAUCCAGGGCUGAUUUAUGCUCGACUCACAGGCUAUGGUCAGAAGGGACCCAUGGCCAAACAUGCAGGACAUGACAUCAACUACCUGGCCACCUCAGGUAUCCUGUCUGCACUGGGAAGGAAGGGGGAAAAGCCAACACCUCCUGUCAACCUUGUGGCAGAUUUCGCUGGUGGCAGUUUGACAUGUGCCCUGGGAAUUAUGAUGGCAUUGUUUGAAAGAUCACACUCAGGGAAAGGGCAGGUUGUGGACUGCAGCAUGGUGGAGGGUGCGGCCUAUCUGGCCAGUUUUAUAUGGAGCACAAAGAAUGCGCAGUUACCUCUCUGGGGCAGACCACGUGGAGAAAAUAUGUUGGAUUCAGGAGCGGCCUACUACGAUACAUACAGAACAUCAGAUAGCAAAUACAUGGCUGUUGGAGCACUGGAGCCACAGUUUUAUGCUAAUCUUGUCAAAGGACUUGGUUUAGAUCCCAGUGAGUAUCAUCAGUUCACUAACCCAGAAGAACUCAAGGAAAAAUUUACUGAGGUCUUCUCAACAAAAACAAGAGAUGAAUGGACUAAGAUAUUUGAUGGAACUGAUUCUUGUGUCACCCCAGUGUUAGAAAUGGACGAGGCCACGUCGCACCCACACAAUGUAGCAAAUGGAACAUUCCUGUCAUCAGCUUCAGGAGCCAAGGAGCCAGGCCCUGCCCCUUCGUUGCUACGGACACCAAGUGUCAGGAGGUCACUACCCUUGCCUGCAAUUGGUCAACACACCAGAGAGAUUCUGGUGGAGCUUGGCUAUCAGUCCGAUGACAUCAGCAGUAUGCUGGCUGAUGGAGUGGUAGAGGAAAACAACACCUCAAAGUUAUAAGAGAAGAAUUUUUAUAUUAAAUUUUGUAUAAUUUUCUGUGAUAAAACCUAAAGCUCAAGAGACUACAUCACUGUAAAAUAAUUCUUUAUCACUAUAAAUUGAAAACUGUCUCAAACACUGAAGUAGUGAAUCCAUCAUCUUUAUGUGCUGGCUUGUGAUGAUCCAAAUUCUGAAAUUGGUUCACAGAAUUUAACCAAAUUUCAUUGUGAAGGUCAAUAUCUUUUCUUUUACAAGUUUCUCAUGUUAGUGCCUUACACUUGCUGAAGCAUAUCCAGAGGAUUUUAUCACUAUUGAUUUUCAAAUAUUUGAUUGUUUCAAGCUGAUUGAGAAUUGACCUCAUCACUAAUAACUCUUUAACACUAACAGAGUAACAUACAUCUGCUGUGCCUGCCUUUGAGAUCGUUUUCAUGUUGUCUGGUCUUCACACACGGUUCAAUACCAAGCUGGUUCAUACUUGCGGACUGGUUUAUGCACAGUGUUACCAAAACUGGUCUGCAUAUGAAUUCUACUGUGACAUGCCUGAGCUUUCACUGCACUUUACUGCCUUCCUGGAGACAAUUCCACGUGUACAAAAAGAGUCCGGUUUAUGGGUGGAGGAAACUCUGCAGAGUAAGGAGAAAUCCACUGCCCCUUGGCAGGUACUGGAAGGUCUCAAUUUGAGGACCCAACCAAACUGGCAA